GACCAAGGUUACCGAAAAUAAGAAGAGUGCCCAUCUUGAGCGGCGCAUUAUCUAGUCUACCGGUCCUGUUGAGAAGACAAGACGGAGAACUAUAGCACAAUGUCGGAUUCCAUUGACCGAGUCUUCGUCCAUGCCCUCAACACAGUCAAAAAGGUCCCUAAGACCGGGGCUGCGCGCCCGCCGCCAUCCGACCGCAUGCGCCUAUAUGGCCUGUACAAGCAGGCCAUGGAAGGCGACGUCGACGGCGUGAUGGAGCGGCCCUCGGCUACCUCGGCGACCGGUGCAGGCAGCAGCAGCGAAGACCUGGUACGCGAGCAGGACAAAUGGGAUGCAUGGAAUUCGCAGAAAGGACUGAGCCGCACGGAAGCCAAGCGCCGCUACGUCGAGGCGUUGAUCGAGACCAUGCACAAGUACGCCAACACGCCCAACGCGCUAGAGCUGGUGGCCGAGCUGGAGUUUGUCUGGAAUCAAGUCAAGAGCAACAGCCCUAGCUCAGCGGGGUCUUCAUCAGGACAGAGCGGUGGCGGCGUCGGCGGCGUUAUUGCGAGCCCCGUGGUUCGUCGCUUUCAGCCACCAUUGAGUGGCAGCGAAGGACCGAUGAAAGUGCUCAGUCCGAUGAGCGAGGAAGACGAGUCGGAGCGGCGCAUGGCCGAGGUGGCGGACCAGGCAGAGGACGACCCAAGCGAGGAGUACGCAAGGCGGAACGACAAGCGGUCUAAGAGGAUGGAGCGUGCCAUUGUCAGGUUGUCCGCUGAGAUUGCGGCGCUGCGGGAGCAGAUCGCAACAGGCCGGGAAUGGAGGUCCCGUAAGGAGCGAGGCGUUCUCGCCUGGAUCGCGUGGUCUUUCUGGGCUGUCGCGAAACACACUACCAUUGACGUCAUCACCCUGCUUCUGCUUCUCCUGUGGAUGCGGAAGAGGAGGGACCCGCGACUAGAGGACCACGUGCGAGGCAUUCUACGGCUUGCUCGAGAGUAUGUUAGGAAGAUCCUGCCGGCUCGAUGAGGGUUUCAUGUGCGCGGUAUUGGCCAAGUGUCCGUUGGCCAAUACUCAGGACCACUCCCUAUCCCGACAUCCAUGCUCAAAACUCA